AUGCCACAAACUCCGAAAACCGGCAACGAGCACAUAAACAUCGACCUCGCCUCACCCCCCGGCUGGACAUACAUCGGUGGGGAUACCGUUAUUGGCAAUGUGGUCCGCCGUUCGCAUAUCGUCACACCCGAUGCACAGGUGACACUUACACUGGUGGGACGCGUGAAAACAAAGAUCACGGUGAAGAGGAACAAUGGCCAGACGACUAGUACCAGCCAUUACCGCGGUCGGUGGCACCUUUUCCGCACAUCGCGCGAGACUCUCUUCCGUGGACCAUUACAUCUUCCAGAGGGGAGUAUCAACGACCCACUCACAUGGCCAUUCUCCGUCGAGAUUCCUACACGACCAUCGGAUCAGGUGCUGCAGGGCCACUGCAAGGAAGAGAGUUAUCUACCGUUGGAUAAGGAGAUCCUUGCCCAGAGCACAUUGCCUGCAAGUUUCUUCUCCAGUGAUCGCGGCUGGCGUACGUCCUCCGAAGGCUUUGUGGAAUACUACCUCGAGGCUCAGCUGAGAUAUGGUCGCUCCGGGUCGUUUGAGGUCGAAACCGCGACCUUUCCUAUCACAAUUCGACAAGUCCCACAGCCCGGGAUCUUCAACUAUGAGCUUCAGUCGCGCGUGCUCGCAGGAAGGGCCAAGAGCCAACGGCUACUACCCGGAAUGGAACAUGCCGAGCUAUCACUGAAGCAAAAGACGCAAAAGCUCUUCGGUUCGUCGAAGGUGCCAGAGUUCCAUUAUACGGUUGAAGUUAGUUGGCCUUAUUCUAUCAAGCUCAAUCACCCGGCACCUGUUCCGAUUAUCAUUGGUAUCAGGCCUUCUAGCACAAGUCCUGAGAUUAGCGAUGUCACCCAGAGGAUUCAGUUGAAUUGGGUGAACAUGACAAUCAAGUCCGAGACUAUGGUGCGAGCACCAGGGAACCUCACUCCGAAAUACACUCACAGCCACUCCCAUUCCUCCUCUCAUACUAUUGGCUUGAGGAAAGCGUUCCUGCGACUCGAGAAUCCUGUUGUCUUUACUACUGGAAAAGGGAACGAGCCGGUCGACAUCGGCAAUAUGCUUGGGCUGCUCUUUCAUUCUGACGGCUCCACCGUUGGGGGGCUACGUAACACAACUUACAGGGGUCCCUCCCCUGAUUUUGUCACCUGGAACAUUCUGCACAGGAAUGAAUUGGAACUGGAGGUGUCAUUGACCGUUGCGGAAGAGACGAAGGAGUUCAAAAUAAGCUCAGGACUGAAGAUACUUCCAGCGGAGUGA